AUGGAGAGUAAUCAAGUUGGUGCAGAAGUUAGAAGAAUUCAUGUCAUUUACUUCCUUAGUCGAAAAGGUAGGAUUGAGCAGCCUCAUCUCAUUCGAGUUCAUCACCUCUCAAGAAAUGGUGUACAUUUGCGAGAUGUCAAGAGAUGGUUGGGAGAAUUGCGAGGAAAGGACAUGCCUGAAUCAUUUUCUUGGUCAUACAAGAGGAGAUACAAAAGUGGAUAUGUAUGGCAAGACCUGCUGGAUGAGGAUCUCAUUACCCCUAUCUCAGAUAACGAAUAUGUCCUCAAAGGAUCGGAAAUUUCUUCCACAGCCACAAUAGAGGAUUCACCUAGCGAAAAGAGAUAUUCAAUGCACAAAGAGGAAGAAGACAGUAGUGAUCGUAUUCCCUCCUCCACUGAAGAAAAUCCAGAUGAUGAUCAUCAUCAUCAAGAAACAAAAAUGGACCAACCUACAAAAAUCUUUUCUCCAGAAAUUGAGGAAGAAUCACCAACUUUUGGCUCUGAACAGUCAUCGACAUUGACUGAUGAUUCGAUGAAGACCAAAGAUCAGGAUCAGGAUCAAGAAAAGAAUUCUAGUUUCCAGACUCCCAAAGAAGAAAUGCAUGAAGAAAGUGACAAAAGUGAGGGUUCUUCAUACUAUUCACCUCUUUCCAGUAAAAGGAACAAGAAGGCCAACAACGUUAUGUCUGAAGAAAAAAUAAGUGCAGCACCAUCUUCAUCAGCAUCAACCUCAUCAACAGCACAACCUUCAUUUUCUAAGAGCAGGAGUUAUUCAAAUGCAUCUCAUCUGUUCCGAAAUUUGAUCACUUGUGGAGCUGUGGAGACAAAUGAUUCAGUCAUGCUUACAAUCAGUCGUCGCAAUAAACCACCCGCGAAUGCAAAUUUGUCAUCUUUGGAUAAGCAGAAUCAUGUUUCUAACGGUACCAAGGAGCUACUACAGAAAGGGGACAAGUUGGGAGGGUCUCAAAGGAUCUUUGGGACUAAUUGGAAUCAACAAGGACAAAGCAGUGGAAGGAAAAGCUUUGAUGGGGUGAGGGCUUCACAGAAGAAUAAUAGCGAAUUCAAUAACCAGAAGACAAAUGCUGCGCACAAGCCUAUUUAUGGACCGCCCUGCUCGCAAUGCGGGAAGCCAUUUAAGCCAGAGAAACUGCAUGCACAUAUGAAAUCCUGCAGGGGGAUGAAGGCCUGGGCGAAAUAUAGUGGCCCUGCAAUUUCUGCUGCUGCUGCUGAUAAGCCAGCAGAAUCCCCGCAGGAGAAUUUGGUCUCUGGCUAUUAUUUGACUCACUGA